UUCCAUCCACAUCACAAGACAUUUAUGAAUCUAAACCUGCGAUAAAAUUAAAUAAUAAUAAUCAAUUAAAACCGCAACCAUUAAUGACUUCAUCUUAUCUUCAUUACCAAGAUAUUUCAUUUAAUGAAAAAAAUAGUAUUUAUUGUAGUUUUUCAAAUAAAAACGAUAAAAAACCUUUGGAAUCAACAUCCAAUAAUAAAAGAAAAUCUUCAGAAUCAAAUCCUAUUGAACAAAUUCUUGAUAAAGCUUCAACUGCAAAAGUUGAUUUCGAUUAUAAUGAAGAAGAUGAAGAAAAAAAGAAAAUAGCUUAUGCUAAAAAAUUACUUUUUCCCGGUGCACUUGCAACAUCAUUUUCUGAAGUUGCUGAUACAUUACGAGAUGAACGACGACAAGAAUUUUGUCCAAUUUAUAAAGACGAAACACCAGAACAAAUAGCUUUACGUCAAUCGAAACGAAAACCUAUUGGUAGUCUUCUUGCAAAACGUAUACGUUGGGAUGAUAUAAAACGUAAACGAGAAGAAGAAGAAAAAAAACAAGCACAAAUGCAAUAUCAUUAUGGACCCUAUGGACCUGCAUAUAAUAAUAAUCAACAAUCAUUUACUAAUCCAUAUGAACGAUAUUAUACAGAAAUGCAAAAUCAAUAUGAUUUAAUGGUAAAAAUGACUCAUGCUCAACAAGAGCACAGUGGUUUUUGGCCAGAAUAUCAACAAUCAUCAUUUCAAAAUAAUGAUCAAACAGUACAAAAUUCAAUGCAACAUCAAGCACAACCUUAUACAUAUCCAUUUCCAUCAAUGAACGCUAAUCAAAAACCAGCAUAUACACCUGCUGAUUAUUAUAAUCUUCAUUUAAUUAGUAAUAUGCAACCACCACCACCACCGCCAUCUGAUGAACUUUAG